UUUAUUGAACAAUUUAAUUUUUUUUGUAUGGCAUUGAUGUCUUUGGGUCUUCCCAAUAAUAAAAAUUUAAAAAAUUUUUCUAAAUUAAUGCCUGUAUCAGUGAUUCAUUCUUCUCUUCCACCACACACUAUCUUCAUUUAUAUAUUAUUCAAUUUUUUUCUUGUCGCUUCGUUAUAUAAUUUUUUCAAAAAAAAUAUAUAUUUAAUUACUAUGUAAAUUCAAAGCCGCAAAUUUAAAACAAAAAAAAAAUAAAAAUUUCAAAAAUAUAUUUGACUUGAUAUUUUUUAAAUAUUGCUUGGAAAGUAACAAUUAGAUUUUUUUAUUUGAGAGAAAAAUUCAAAAUAAUUAAAAAAAUUAUCUUCAAUUUUUAAAUUAAAUUUAUUUUGUGAGUCAAAAAUGUUAGAGGAAAAUCAGUCAACAACAGAAAUCGCUGAGAAUGGAUUUAUAAGUAAUGGUCUUACAACUCCUUUAAUUUAUCAAGAACGUACACAGAGGAGACUGAUCCCUUUUUUAUUUUCUGAGCUAUUCUUUCUAUGGACCGGCAAAUUGAUGAGAAAAGGCUAUAAGGGAGAGCUUAAACAGGUAGAUGAUGUUUUUGAUUUACCCAAUAGUUUAAACCUAACUACUCUUGGCUCUGUUCUCAGUCAUCCUCUUGAAAAUGAAACUUCCACUUUUGCACCUAUUCUUCUACGGGUUUAUGGACGUCAAUUCUUUCUUCUAGGCAUUCUUAGAUUUAUUGGAGAUAUUUUAAAAUUUGCAGGCCCAAUUCUCCUUCAUAUGCUUAUUUCUUCAUUACAAAGCAAAAUAGACAAUACAAGUUAUAUUUGUUGUGGACUUAUGUUUAUUACAAUGUUGUUUGCUUCCCUCUGUGAUGUGCAUUUUGGAUACAGGAUUCAACUUUUAUCAAUGAAAGCAAAAGUAAGACUGAGUUUUCUGAUUAUUCUGAUCAUUCUGAUACAUCUGAUUUUUUCGGAUUUUCUGAUUUUUCUGACAUUUCUGAUUUUUCGGAUUUUUCUGAUAUUUUUGUCAUUUCUGAUUUUAAUUCCGAUUUCCAUUUUUCAGAGCGCUCUCCUACUAGCUGUUUAUGAAAAACUCUUACGAAUUCCAGCUUAUAAAAUUACUGAUGAUUUUUCUUCUGGCAAAUUAAUAAAUUUAAUGUGUACAGAUAUUGAUAGAAUUGGUGAAUUUAUUUGUUCCUUUCAUGCUUUUUGGGGCAUGCCAAUGGAUUUUAUUAUUGCAUUAUAUUUAAUUUAUAAAGAGAUGGGUUUAGCAUUUCUGGCUGGUGUUCUAGCUUCUGUAAUACUUAUACCUUUAAAUAAAUUAAUAGCUUCAAAAAUUGGAAAAUAUUCAAAUGAAAUGAUGUCUGUUAAAGAUGCUAGAUUAAAGCUGGUUAGUGAAUUGAGCCAUUCAAUGAGAACAAUUAAAUUAAAUAGUUGGGAAAAUUUUUUUGAAACAAAAAUUAAUUUAAUUAGACAAAAAGAAUUAAAAUAUUUACGUUAUAUAAAGUUUCUGGAUGCUAUAUGUGUUUACUUAUGGGCUUCUGCACCCAUUCUCAUUACAAUGAUGAUAUUAGCUACAUUUACCUUGAUUUUACAUGAACAAUUGACUGCUGCUAAAGUUUUUACUACACUGGCGUUGAUAAACAUUUUGAUAAUGCCGUUAAAUGCCUUCCCAUGGGUUCUCGGCUCUAUGAUAACCGGAUUAGUUAGCAAACGCCGAUUUGAUUCAUUUUUCUCUAUCAAAUCAGCUAAAGACUUGAAACAAUUUUAUUCUCCAAUUUCUAACUCAACAACACUUAUUGAACUUGAAAAAAAUUCUUUUGGAUGGAAGACUAAAGAAAAUGUUGUUCGAAGUGUUCAAUUUAAAGGAGAAAAAUGUAUGUUAAUUGGAAUAAUUGGGCCUGUUGGAAGUGGAAAAUCAACUUUACUUGUUGGAAUUCUUGCAGAAACAAUAAUUGAAGGCCCUCCAAUUUUACUUGAUGAGAGGGUAUUAUCUGAAGGAUUUGCUUAUGUUGGACAAGAUGUUUGGCUUAGAACUGGUUCUGUUAAAGAAAAUAUUCUUUGCGAGCUUCCCUAUUCUCCUGAACGUUUUCGAAGUGCAAUAGAUGUGUGUGCAUUGACUAUGGAUAUUGAGAAUAUGCCUGGAAAGGAGAAUUAUCGAAUUGGAGGGGAAGGAGUUACUUUGAGUGGAGGUCAGAAAGUCCGUCUUGCAUUAGCCCGUGCUGUUUAUGCUGACAAACUUAUUUAUCUACUCGAUGACCCUUUUGCAGCAUUGGAUGGAACAGUUGCUUCUUUUGUUUAUGAAAAUUGUAUUGAAAAGCAACUUAGAUCUAAAGGAAAAUUGGUAAUAUUGUGUACACAUCAUGAACGAUUCUUGGGGCGUGCUGAUUUAAUUGUACAAUUGGAUGGGGAAGGAAAUGUUUUGAGAGCUGGUAAGCCUCUGAAUUUUUUUAAAUUUUUCGAAAAAUUUUUUUUCAUUUAUCAAGGUCCCUCAGAAGUCAUUUUACCUAAUAUUGUUGAAAAUCAAAUUGUAAAACAAACAGAAAGUUUCGAGGAAGAAAACGACGGUGAUUUAUCUCAACCUAUGGAAGCAGCAGAAUAUGUCUCUGUUAUGGACAAUGAAGAAAAAGAAGAAGGAACAGUCAAAAUAAGAAUUUAUAAAACUUAUAUUAAAGCUAUAGGUUUGUGGUUGUCAGUGCUGGUAUUGCUUUCUUUAAUUGCUUUGCAAGCAACUAGAAACGCUACAGAUGUUUGGUUGAGUAAAUGGAGUUCAGCAAACAAUUCAGAACAUAAUAAUUCAAAGUUGUUUCUUCAACAAGAUUGGGGUUAUCCUUUUGCUCCACGUUAUAUUAUUCCGCUCACUUCAAUUAAUGAACAAAAUCAACAAAUGUUUUAUUUACGCAUUUAUAUUGCAAUUGUUGGUCUCAAUUCCAUUUCAACUUUAACCCGCGCUUUCCUUUUUGCAAUUGCUUGUAUUUAUGCCGCCAAAUAUUUACAUCAACGCUUAUUGAGUCGAAUUUUAAAGGCAAAUAUAAAUUGGUGGGAUAAAACGCCUUGUGGGCGUGUUACUAAUCGUUUAUCAACGGAUGUUAGCAUUGUGGAUACUUCUUUACCUUUUCAAUUAAAUAUUUGUUUGGCUAGUUUUUUCUCUCUUAUAGGUAUGAAAUUUUUGUUGUGUGAAAAUUUUCAAAACAUUUUUUUUAAUAAAAUAAGAACUUUAAUCCUGACGCUAGUGGCACUUCCAUUGCUCUCACUUUUGUUGUUACCUCUAUUCAUUAUUUAUUAUUAUAUUCAGGUAAAAAUUUUUGAAGAUGGAAAUAAAUAUUAUCGUCGAACAAACGUUGAAUUGAAACGAAUAUGUGCCAUUACUUUAUCUCCAUUGUACAGCCACCUUUCAGAAACAGUAUCGGGACUAAUUACAAUACGUUCUCUUCGAAUUAGUGAAUUUUUUUCUUCAAAAAUGAGAACACUUUUGGGUUACAAUCUCCGUUCUUCAUUCUCUUCUUUAGCUGCUGCUACAUGGCUUUCUGUACGUAUUCAAAUGCUUGGACUUUUUGUGCUUACAAUUAUUUUAUUUGCAAGUAUUUUGGACGUUACUAUUUUUAAAUUAAGCCAUCCUGGACUUAUUGGAUUAGCUAUAACUUAUGCUUUGUCAAUAACUAAUGUUUUGAAUGGUCUUCUUACGUCUUUUAUUGAGACUGAAAAAGAAUUAGUUUCUGUUGAACGAAUAUGUGAUUAUAUUGAUAAUGUUCCUAUGGAAGGAGAAAAAGAAUCUAGUCUAAUAAACAAUGAUGAUAUUCCAACUCCAAUAGAAGGGCAUAUUUGCUUUGAAAAUGUUUCUCUCCGUUAUUCUCCAGAAUUGCCUUUAGCUAUUAACAACAUUAGUUUCCAUUUAAAAGCGGGUACUAGAACAGCAAUUAUUGGAAGAACUGGAGCUGGCAAGAGUACUAUCUUACAGGCAUUACUUCGAGCACACCCUAUUGAGACUGGCAGAAUUCUGAUUGAUGAAAAUGUUGAUUUGGCUAAUUUAGGAUUUAAAUGUGCUCGUUCUUUGGUAUGAGGUUUUUUUAAAUUGAAUUUAUAUUUAAAUAAAAUUAUGAGGGGAAGGGGAGGGUUUAGAGAGAGGAUUGAUACAUAUUUC